ACGCAACUAUAAGAGGAAGGAAUGAAGGCACACACACUGUCUGUGAGAGCAAACACACAUGCCCCCACAGUUUUCAGAUAACACAGAAAACAGAUCUGCACACUAUAUAAUCUACCCAAUUGCAAAUCUCAAAGUUUAACAUAGGAACACAGAAGAGGUGCCAACUGCUGAGUAAGACUGGGCUACCAAAGAGCAGAAGACGCAGGUGUUUUCACUAAUGAGCUGUUGCUCUGUUACACCUGGUCCACUGAAAGAAACCUCUCCAUCCUCCACGCACUGUUUUCUGUUUUUGACAGCCCACUGCCAUCUCUGUAGUAACAAUACCAAUACAGAAGGCAGUAUACAUCCAGAUUUCUUCUUCCUUCAACUUUACCCACCUGUCCACCUGCUCUGCCUCCAUCAUGACUGCCAGACAGACAGUCAUGCUCCUAGUGGUGGUGCUGCUGCUCCUCUGUCUGCCUGAUCCCCUGCAGAGCUUCCAACCACUCUUCACAUCUGAUGGAAGCUCCAGCACUCACCGUCAGAUCACACAAAUGGCAGCACUCAGAAAGACAGCUGAGGUCUGCCGAGAUAUUGCUGCCUCUGAGGGACGGGACUUCAGCCUGACUAUUGAUGACAGCUUGUCAGCAGACAAGGUGCAGAGGGCUUGUUCAUCCACGGCUACCUCUACGUCUGUCCUCUCCACCGUCAUGUUCCAAACUUCCAUUGCCACUAUGUACCUCAGCAACGCAAUGGUGGAUGUGGUUUUUGCACUGAGUGAGGACCACCAUUUCGAUGAUGAGAAAUUCGAAGGAGGACGGGAUGUCAUUACAGCAGGUGUAUCCGCCGUGAAGAAAAGUGUGAAGCUGGAGAACUUUGUCACUGGAAGAUGGACUCUAGGACGAGUGUGUCACACCCUACAGGACUUCUACAGCCACAGUAACUGGGUGGAGCUGGGAAACAGUGUUCCAUACAGUGUUCUCAUCAAACCAGACCAACCUGUUGAGAACCUGGCAGGACCAAAUGUUUCGACUUGCAGAAAUUGCACAGGAGAUAACUGUACAGACAACAUCCUGCCUGACGUGCUGCAGCAGGGUCUUCUCACUUCAGGCUAUUUCAAUGUCUUGUCCUCAGCAAAACCUGAUGGGAAAUGCAGCCAUGGUGGAACAUUUGACCAGACGAGCAAGUGGGAUCCUAUAGGGGGCAUCAAUAAAGAUACCGUUGGUUCAAGUCACGGCUCGCUUCACCACAAAGCAGCUGAUGUGGCUGUAAAUGCCACUAUGGAGCUGCUGGAGGACAUCAGAGUAGCUGUUGGAGACAAGAAUUUUCUGCGAUUGAUGGGCCUCUCCCAGUCACCCGUGCUGUGUUUUGUCAUUGACACCACAGGCAGCAUGAGUGUAGACAUUGCUGAAGCAAAGAGGGUUGUCUCUGAGAUCAUUGACAGCAAGAGGGGAACUGAACAGGAACCUUCUGCUUACAUAUUAGUACCUUUCAAUGACCCAGGUUUUGGGCCUCUGCUUGUGACAACCAAUGCAGAUGUCUUCAAUAACCGCAUCAGCAAGCUGUAUGCAAGUGGAGGAGGAGACCGCCCAGAGCUGUGUUUGUCUGGCCUGCAGCUUGCCUUGACAGCAGCUCCAUCCGCCUCUGACAUCUUUGUCUUCACCGAUGCUCCAGCUAAAGAUGCACAUCUGAAAAGCACCAUUAUGGCCCUUAUAGAGAGCACCAAGUCUGUGGUUACUUUCAUGCUGACGGGUGUCCGGGCCAGUCGACGGCGCCGCAGAAGUGCUCAGGGUGUGAUUCCACGUGCAAUGAGUCAGUCAGAUGCCCAGCUGUACCGUGACCUAGCUCAAGCCUCUGGAGGUCAGGCCAUUGAGGUCACCAAGUCAAAUCUCUUUGCAACCACAAGUGUGAUAGAAAAUUCAUCCUGCAGCCCUGGGGUGACAGUUUUUCAAGUUGUGAAAAAUCCUGGAACGCCUGAUAAUUUUAAUUUUGCUGUUGAUGACUCAUUAAGGAACAUAACCAUCUACAUCACAGGAGGCUCGUCUCUCACAUUCAAUCUCACCAGCUCCACAGGUGAAUCUCAGAAUUCCAGUCAGUCCUCUGGUCCUUUGGCUAGCUUCACCACAGCAGGAAACUUACGACGUCUAAGCAUCAAUACUAACAAUCAAACAGGACUAUGGCAGAUCAGCAUUAACUCUAAUAACGCAUACUCUGUGAAGGUCACAGGUCAAAGUUCAGUGAACAUUUUUUAUAGCCUUGUGGAAGCACAUGAGGGAGCCCAUGGUGACUUCAGUCUAAAGGGGGGGCGUCCUUUUUCAGGGGGUAAUGCCAGCAUCUUGGUCUCAGUGACAGGAAGUGACACUAUAAACGUCACAGAGGUCUCUCUUUUUGACAGCUCAGUGCCAACUGAGGUCAAAGGAUCAAUACAGUCGGUGGGAAGCGGUAAUUACCUGGUGACAUUUAGUGGAGUCCCAGCAGGUGACUUUGUGCUGAUCCUGAAAGGACAGGACAUCAACUCCCCUUCCAGCUCCACGUCGCGCACCAUCCAGAGACAAGCCUCCACGCAGAUCAAGACCACAAGCAUCUCUGUUACUACCCAAGUCAACAACACCAAUAUUGAGCCAGGCUCCAUUGUCUCCGUCCCCUUCACAGUCGCCACAACCACCAAUGGAGUUGUAAAUGACUCUGCAACUGGGACGUUCACUGUGCAGGCUAACAACGACCGCAGUUACAGUUCAACUUCACCUAGCAAUGUGACUAUUGAAGCCGGCAGUGGGGGUAAAGCCAACGGCACCAUUACCUUAACGGUUCCAGCCAGCGCUGCAUCAGGAACAGACGUGACUCUUACCAUUGAGGCACAAAAUGCUGCUGCUACUGACAUCAAUUAUGCUGUACUCAGGUUUUCUGUGACUGCCAAGGUAACAGAUGUCACUCGUCCAGUGUGCCAGAUAGUCAGUAAAUCAGCAAACUGUUCCUCCUCUUCAUCACUCUGUGGAUCCUCCCAGUGGGAAUUCAUCGCAAAUUUCACAGAUGGCAUCAAUGGAACUGGUAUUGAGAGCAUCACUGUCCGCCAAGGGAACGGUACUCUCAAUACCAGCACAGUGGCUGGAGCUGGAGGUGAGAACAUCACAGUGGUUAACUACAACGCCUCCUGCUGUUCACCCAAUGUGGAGCUGACUGCUGUGGAUGGAGAAGGAAAUGUGGGGACUUGUGUCGGACAGGCAAGAGAAUCUACCACUGCGGCUCCUGUGACUACAGCUGCAGUUAACACGACAUCCACCGGAGUUGACACAACAUCCACCGGAGUUGACACAACAUCCACCGGAGUUGACACAACAUCCACCGGAGUUGACACAACAUCCACCGGAGUUGACACAACAUCCACCGGAGUUGACACAACAUCCACCGGAGUUGACACAACAUCCACCGGAGUUGACACAACAUCCACCGGAGGGCACGCUUUGGGCAUAUCACACUUUGUCUGGAUCACUGCUGUGGUUUCUGUCUUUUGGAAAUAAAUAAAGGGACAUUACACUGUAAAUAUGGAACUGUAAUAAAGUCACUUAUUUGAGAUUUAUUUUUCUUUAGCUGUGUUUAUGUCUAGUUACUGCUGCAAGGAAGAUGAUGGUGGCUGUUUUGUCAUUUUUACUGACUUCUCUUUAUGUUUACAGAAAUAUGUGUAUCUUUACUGUAUAAUGUUUGGUUUGAAUGCACAAAAUGUCGCUUUAAAGAAUGUAUAUAUUUACAUUUCAGCUGGUGUGUAGGUGUGCAGGACAUUACAGCUGAACAGUGAAGCUAAUGUGCCUGAAGCUGCAAUGGAUUUUUAACCUCUUACAAAUAAUAUUUUUCUACAGGCAGUUUAGGAAUUGCAGCAGAUAGUCACGUCUCUUGAAAUGCAUAUCUGGGUGGCUAACUUGAGAAACACUGUUGUAUUAGGAGGAUCUUUUAUUUUAAGUGAAGUAGGUUGUAAUGUCUUUGCUUGGAUUCUGUUUGUUUUAUGGUUCCCUGAAGAAUUCUAGUAUUGAUAUGCUUAUUACUAGGGGAGGGGCUUUUCAUUUUGUAAUAUGCCCAGGGUAUUACAGGGAAUAUUUUUGUGAUUUAAUUAUAUAAAAAUAUUUUUUUGGGGGAGGGGGUAAAAAGAUUGCUUUCUCUGAGUCUUCCCUAUAAAAACCUAUUUUCUAAGUAAGCUUCUUGUUAUAAAUGAUGGGGUGCUAAAUAGAUGUGCAAUGUUCUACCGAAAGAUGGAACCGUUACAGAUUUUUAAGUGUUGAAUAAAUCAUAUGCAUUUUU